AGCGGUUAAAAAUAACCAGCGGGGUGGAAAAUAUGACGGGCCCCCCCUUUCCUGCCCCCCACGUGCUCCCCCGGGACUCAGCCCUGCUGUCCUUGUCCCCCCACUGUCACCCCAUCGUGUCCCCAUGAGCUGAGGAGCCUCUGGGGUGGGAAACUGUCCCCGGGGGGUGUCACUGAGGGGGUUUUGGGGCGUCAGGUUUGGGUAUCACUGCAGGGGUGGGGUGUUGGGGUAUUGAAGUUUUGGGGUGUUGCUGGAGGUGCCAUGAGCUGCAGUAUGGGGGUGGUGCAGCGUGGGGUGCAAUAUGGGGUGCUGGGUGCCAUGCACUGUGAUGUGGGAUGCAGGACACCACGAUAUGGGGUGCAGUGCCCGAUGUGGGGUGCGAUAUGGGGUGAAGCACACUGCACUGCGGGGUGCAGUGUGGGGUGAUGGGUGCACCCACAGAGCAGGGGUGUGCAGGGGGUGCUGGUUCCCACGCCCUGUGCUUUGUGGUGCAGCGGGUGCGCCUCCAUCCCCCAGCCCGCUCUGGUCAUUCCCCGGGCGGAGCCACCCGAGAGGUGCCACCCGGUGUGACCCACCCGCGGGGCGGGGCGGGGCCGGGCCGCUUCUCCCGCGCUGUCCCGCGCUGCCGGGGCCGGGGGGUCGGCGGAGCGGCGGGAUGGGGGUGCCGCGGGGCCUGCGGGGGCUCUGCCUGCCCCGGCUCUGCCUGCCCCGGCUCUGCCUGCCCUGGCUCUGCCUGCCCUGGCUCUGCCUGCGGCUGCUGCCCUGCGCUGCCUUCAACCUGGACGCCGCCAGCUCGCUGCUGAAGGACGGCGACAAGGGCAGCCUGUUCGGCGUGGCCGUGGCUCUGCACCGCCAGCUCAGCCCCGAGCCCGCCGGCUGGCUGCUGGUGGGGGCCCCCCAAGCGCUGGCGCUGCCUGGCCAAGGUGCCAACCGGACCGGGGGGCUCUUUGCUUGCCCGCUGACCCCUGAGCUCUCCGACUGCUGGCGGGUGCCCAUCGAUGAGGGAGUUGACCUGCAGCGGGAGAGCAAAGAGAACCAGUGGCUGGGGGUGAGCGUGAAGAGCCAAGGUGCCGGCGGCAAGAUCGUGACCUGCGCCCACCUGUACGAAGCGCGGCACCGGGUGCAGCAGCCGCUGGAGACGCGGGAUGUGAUCGGGCGCUGCUUCGUGCUGAGCCAGGACCUGCGGGUGCGUGAUGAGCUGGAUGGCGGCGAGUGGAAGUUCUGCCAGGGGCGGCCGCAGGGCCACGACCGCUUUGGGUCCUGCCAGCAGGGCCUGGCAGCCGCUUUCAGCCCCGACCAGCACUACAUCCUCUUCGGGGCCCCCGGCACCUACAACUGGAAGGGUGCCAGCCCAGUGCAGCGCUGUGGGCCGUCUCCAGUGCCCCCCCGUCCCCAGGCAGCAGGAGAGUCCCCAGAGGGUGUCCCCCCCCUCACCCUCCCUCGCUCCGCAGGGACCCUGCGCGUGGAGCUGCUCAACCAGAGCUCUCUCGACCUCCUGCGCUACGACGACGGCCCCUACGAGGCGGGGGGCGAGAAGGACCAGGAUCCCUCGCUGAUCCCCGUCCCCGCCAACAGCUACUUGGGGCUGGUGUUUGUGACAAACAUUGAUAGCUCAGACCCUGACCAGCUGGUCUACAAAACCCCCGAGCCUGGCGAGAGGGUCCCCGGUGCGGCCGGUGACGUGGCCCAGAAUAGCUACUUGGGGUUCUCGGUGGACUCGGGCGCGGGGCUGACGCGGCGGCGCGAGCUCAGCUUUGUCACCGGCGCCCCCCGCGCCAACCACACCGGGGCCGUUGUCAUCCUGCGGCGCGACAGCGCCAACCGCCUGGUCCCCGAGGCCGUGCUGCCCGGCCCGCAGCUCAGCUCCGCCUUCGGGCACGCCCUGGCCGUCCUCGACCUCAACAGCGACGGUUGGAUGGAUCUGGUGGUGGGGGCCCCCCACUUUUUCGAGCGCAAGGAGGAGAUCGGGGGGGCCGUGUACGUCUACAUCAACCCGGGGGGGCACUGGGACUCGGCCACCCCCCUCCGCCUCAAUGGCACCUGCGGCUCCAUGUUCGGCAUCGCCCUCAGCACCGCCGGGGACCUCAACCACGAUGGCUUCGAAGACCUGGCGGUGGGGGCCCCCUUCGACGGCGCCGGCAAGGUCUACAUCUACCACGGCAGCAGCCUGGGCAUUGUGGUGAAGCCGGCGCAGGUCCUGGACGGGGAGGGCGUGGGGGUUACGGCCUUCGGAUACUCCCUGUCGGGGGGGCUGGACGUGGAUGGGAACCUGUACCCCGACCUGCUGGUUGGGUCCCUCUCUGACUCCGUCGUGCUCUACAGGGCCCGGCCGGUCGUGCAUGUCUCUAGGAAUGUGUCCCUGCUCCCCCCCAACAUCGACCUGGAGCAGAGCAACUGCCGGCACCAGGAGGGGGUCUGCGUGGAUGUGCAAGCGUGCUUCAGCUACACGGCCAGUCCUGCCAGCUACAGCCCCCGCCUCGUACUGGAGUACGUGUUCGAUGCUGACACGGAGCGGCGGCGGCUGGGCCACCCCCCCCGCAUCUCCUUCCUGGGCCGCCAGCCCUCGGACCCCGAGCACCAGUUCUCGGACACGCUGGAGCUGCCCGGCCAGCGCGCCCGUGCCUGCACCAUGGCCACCUUCCAGCUGCAGGACAACAUCCGUGACAAGCUGCGCCCCAUCGCUGUCACCCUCGCUUAUGGCAUCCAGGGAACCGACGACACACGGCAGCGCCGGGGGGCCGCCCUGCCCCCGCUGUCACCCGUGCUCAGCCCCCAGCAGCCCAGCAGCCACCGCACCGAGGUGCAUUUCCUGAAGCAGGGCUGCGGGGACGACAAGAUCUGCCAGAGCAACCUCCAGCUCCACUUCCAGUUCUGCGCCCGCCUGGGGGAUGCCGAGUUCGUGCCCCUGCCCAGGGGUGACGAUGGCACCGCCAUCUUCUCCAUGAGCGACCAGAAGGACGUGGCCUUGGAGAUCCAUGUCACCAACCUGCCCUCGGACCCGGCGGAGCCGCAGCGGGACGGGGACGAUGCGCACGAGGCGCUGCUGAUUGUCACCUUCCCCCCCGAGCUGCCCUACUCCGCCCUGCGCCCCUACGACGGGCGGGCAGCCUGGGACAAGCCGGUGCUGUGCCUCGCCAACCAGAACGGCUCGCAGGUGGAGUGUGAGCUGGGGAACCCCCUGAAACGUGGAGCGCAGGUGCGGUUCUUCCUCAUCCUCAGCACCCUGGGCAUCACCCUCCAGACCACGGACCUGGCGGUGGAGCUGGCCCUGUCCACUAUCAGCGAGCAGCCGGGGCUGGAGCCGGUGCUGGCCCGUGCCCGCGUUGUCAUUGAGCUGCCGCUCUCGGUGUCGGGCGUGGCCGUGCCACCCCGGCUCUUCUUCGGGGGGGUGGUGCGGGGGGAGAGCGCGAUGCGGCGGGAAAGCCAGGUGGGCAGCGCCGUGCGCUUCGAGGUGACGGUGUCCCACCGGGGCCCGUCGCUGAAGACUCUGGGCUCUGCCUUCCUCACGCUGCUGUGGCCCCAUGAGCUGCGCUCGGGGAAGUGGCUCCUGUACCCCCUGCACAUGGAGCUGGCGGCCCCCCCGGGCCGGGGAGUGCCCUGCAGCCCCCCUGCCAACCCGCUGGGCCUGGCGCUGGUACAGCCGUGGGGUGGCUGGGGUGGGGGAUCCCUGUCGCCCCCAAACCCUCCAUCCCCAUCCUUGCCCUGUCAGGAGCCGCCGGAGGCUGCGCCCCCCGAGGUGCCUGAGUCGGGGUCCUGGUGGGUGCCGGCACCCGCUGAGAGGAGGAGGAACGUCACGCUGGACUGUGCCCAGGGCACCGCACGCUGUCUGUCCUUCCGCUGUCCUCUGCCCAGCUUUGAGCGGGCAGCCGUGCUGACGGCCCGCGGCCGCCUCUGGAACGGCACCUUCCUGGAGGAGUACCUGGCUGUCACCUCGGUGGAGCUGAUCGUGCGUGCCAGUGUCUCGGUGACGUCCUCCAUCAAGAACCUGGUGCUGAAGGAUGCAGCCAUCCAGAUCCCCGUCACCAUCUACCUGGACCCCGGCGCGGCAGUGGCGGGCGGCGUGCCCUGGUGGGUCAUCGUGCUGGCCGCGCUGGCCGGCGGCCUCGUCCUGGCCCUGCUGGUCUGCGUGCUCUGGAAGCUGGGGUUUUUCCGGCGGGCGCGCGCGGCGCCGCCGGCCGUGCCGCAGUUCCACGCCGUGAGGAUCCCGCGGGAGCAGCGGCAGCACCUGCGCGAGGGGAAGCUCGGCACCAUCCAGCGCAAGGAGUGGGCGGCCCUGGGCGAGGCCGCCGACGGCCGCGUCACCCCCAGCUCCGCGUGACCCCGUGGAGGCGGCGCGGGGCUGUGGGGGCGGGCGUGGGACGCGGGGCACGGGAGGCAAGGGGAGGAGCCCGUGGAGACGUGUGGGGAGGGACAGGGACACGGACACGCGUGCGGGGACAGCGGGAGGGGGCCCGUUGGCCCAGCGGGGCGGGGACUCAGCCCCACGGCCAUGAGCGACCCAAUAAAACCAACCGCCCCUCUAUA